GCAUGCGCAGUGGCCCCCGCUGGCGAGCGGAGGCGGCUGCGGGGCUGUAUACUGGGAGCCGGAAGGUUCAGCCUCUGUAGCCUACGGGCCCUGUCGCCGGGGCCAUGUCGGCCCAGGGUGACAGCGAGUUCCUGGUGCAGCGAGCCCGAGAGUUGGUGCCCCAGGACCUGUGGGCAGCCAAGGCGUGGCUAAUCACGGCUCGCACCCUCUACCCCGCAGACUUUAACAUCCAGUAUGAGAUGUACACCAUCGAGCGCAAUGCGGAGCGGACGGCCACCGCGGGAAGGCUGCUGUAUGACCUGUUUGUGAAUUUCCCAGACCAGCCGGUGGUAUGGAGAGAAAUCAGCAUUAUUACAUCAGCAUUAAGGAAUGAUUCACAGGAUAAGCAGACCCAAUUUUUAAGAAGUUUAUUUGAAACUCUUCCCGGCCGGAUCCAGUGUGAAAUGUUAUUAAAGGUCACAGAACAAUGCUUCAACACAUUGGAACGAUCAGAAAUGCUACUCCUACUUUUGAGGCGCUUCCCUGAGACAGUAGUGCAACAUGGGUUUGGCCUUGGGGAGGUACUAUUAGAAGCUGAAACUCUUGAAGAGCAAGAGUCUCCUGUUAACUGCUUUAGAAAAUUAUUUGUUUGUGAUGUACUUCCUCUAAUAAUUAACAAUCAUGAUGUUCGAUUGCCUGCCAAUUUAUUAUAUAAAUACUUGAACAAAGCUGCUGAAUUUUAUAUCAACUAUGUCACUAGGUCUACUCAAAUAGAAAAUCAGCAUCAAGGUGCCCAAGAUGCAUCUGAUUUAAUGUCGCCCAGCAAACGUAGCUCCCAGAAGUAUGUAAUAGAAGGACUGACUGAAAAAUCAUCCCAAAUUGUGGACCCUUGGGAGAGGUUGUUUAAGAUUUUGAAUGUUGUUGGAAUGAGAUGUGAAUGGCAGAUGGAUAAAGGAAGACGAAGCUAUAGUGAUAUAUUACAUCGGAUGAAGGAUCUCUGCAGAUACAUGAACAACUUUGAUAAUGAAGCUCAUGCAAAAUAUAAAAACCAAGUGGUUUAUUCCACUAUGUUGGUCUUCUUUAAGAAUGCAUUCCAGUAUGUCAACAGCAUACAGCCAUCUCUCUUCCAAGGACCUAAUGCUCCAAACCAAGUUCCCCUGGUCCUUCUUGAAGAUGUAUCAAAUGUGUAUGGUGAUGUAGAAGUUGAUCGUAAUAAACACAUACAUAAAAAGAGGAAGCUAGCUGAGGGAAGAGAGAAAACCAUGAGUUCAGAUGAUGAAGAUGGUUCAGCAAAAGGAAGAAACCGUCACAUUGUAGUCAACAAAGCAGAACUCACUAACUCUGCCGAAGUGUUAGAAAGCUUUAAACUGGCCCGGGAGAGCUGGGAGUUGCUCUAUUCCCUAGAAUUUCUUGACAAAGAAUUUACAAGAAUUUGUUUGGCGUGGAAGACAGAGACUUGGCUGUGGUUAAGAAUAUUCCUCACCGAUAUGAUCAUCUAUCAGGGGCAAUAUAAAAAGGCAAUAGCCAGCCUGCAUCAUUUGGCUGCUCUCCAAGGGUCACUUUCUCAGCCACAGACUGCAGGACAGGGGACCUUGGAGCAUCAGAGGGCGCUCAUCCAGCUGGCAACGUGUCACUUUGCUCUGGGGGAAUACAGGAUGACAUGUGAGAAAGUCCUAGACCUGAUGUGCUACAUGGUCUUACCCAUUCAGGACGGAGGCAAAUCUCAGGAGGAACCCUCAAAAGUAAAGCCCAAGUUUAGAAAAGGUUCGGACCUGAAGCUCCUGCCCUGCACCAGCAAAGCUAUUAUGCCCUACUGUCUACACUUGAUGUUGGCCUGCUUUAAGCUUAGGGCUUUCACCGACAACAGAGAUGACAUGGCGCUGGGGCAUGUGAUUGUGCUGCUUCAGCAGGAGUGGCCACGAGGAGAGAAUCUGUUCUUGAAAGCUGUCAAUAAGAUUUGCCAACAAGGAAAUUUCCAGUAUGAGAAUUUUUUCAAUUAUGUUACAAACAUUGAUAUGCUGGAGGAAUUUGCCUACUUGAGAACUCAGGAAGGUGGGAAGAUCCAUCUGGAAUUGCUGCCCAAUCAAGGAAUGCUGAUCAACCAUUGCAGACCUUUUGGGUGGUCCCUCCAGCUGAGUGGCAGAUGUUGUGAGCAGAGUUCAGCUCCUUCCCUGGGGCCUUCUAGCCCUCCCCUGGGGUUACUGCAGCAGGAAUUCUUACCUGUGCUUCAGCCCAGCAUACAGACUGCUGACAGGCACCACACGGUCACCCGAGGCAUCACUAAAGGUGUGAAAGAGGACUUCCGUCUGGCCAUGGAGCGCCAAGUCUCCCGCUGUGGCGAGAAUCUGAUGGUGGUGCUGCACAGGUUCUGCAUUAACGAGAAGAUCCUGCUGCUUCAGACUCUGACCUGAUGAGAGACCUUUGCGCCAGAGACAGCUGGUCACUGUGUGGCUGAGAGAGAAGACACACAGUAGUGACGUUACAGCUCUCAAAAUGAAGAGAGCACCUGAUUUCCAGCCCCUUGCUUGCUUAAAAGUAGUUCCCAAGAGCCUGAGAAUUUAUUUCUAUUUUUAAGAGUUGUGUUUUGUAAUUUUUGUAAAGCAAGAGAAUCAAACUGUUUUGUAAAUAAAAUUCACUCUAAAAUUUGAA